AUGGACGCCGUAGAUGUUUCAGAGCACUACGAGGUCGGCACCCGCGAGGAAACUCCCUCCCUUCUCACCAUCGUUCUCGACACGAACCCUAGAGCCUGGGCAUCGCUCAACAGUGUCCUUCCCCUGUCGCGUGCUAUAGCAAACAUCCUCGUCUUCGUUAACGCCCAUCUCGCCUUCAGCAAUGCAAACCAAGUUGCUCUUAUCGCCGCGCACGUUGAUCGCGCAGAAUGGCUCUACCCAACACCUCCCACACCUUCGCGCGACGCCUCUGGCGAUGUUGCCAUGAACGAUGCUGCUACGCAAACGCAAACCUCAGCGAACAAGUUCCCGCAGUUCGCACAGAUUGAAGCUGCUGUUUUGGCUGCGAUUCGAAAACUCAUGGAUCAGACAAAGGAGGAGGACCUCUCUGCGACCACGACACAAAUCUCUGGAGCCUUGACACUGGCGCUAUGUCAUAUCAAUAAAGCUGCGCAGGCUCUUUGUGCGCCUACGGCCAAUCUCGAGGACAGCCAUAAAGGCUCGUCGAAUACAGCUCCCCCGACUGUUCGAGGCCGAAUCCUGGUCAUUUCUGUGUCCGAUUCAGACCCCUCGCAAUACAUUCCCACCAUGAACGCUGUCUUCGCCGCUGGCCACAACCAAGUCGCUAUCGAUACUCUCUCUCUUACUGGCGAGCCAACUUUCCUCCAACAGGCUUGCUACAACACCGGUGGCACAUACCUCGCUGCUACACAUCCCCAAGGACUACUGAACUACCUUAUGUUUGGUCUUAUCGCAGACACAGAAGCUCGCGAAGCUCUAAUCGCCCCAACACACGACACCGUCGAUUUCCGCGCCGCCUGUUUUUGUCACGGCCGAGUUGUGGACACAGGCUUCGUCUGCUCAAUCUGUCUGAGCAUCUUCUGUGAGACGCCAGAGAACUCGGAAUGUUUCACGUGUGGCACCAAACUAUCUCUGGGUAACUAUGGCGCGAAACCUGCCGUUGUCCCAAGGAAGAAGAAGAAGAAGCGCAAGAUCGUCAAUGGAGGUGGAUCACGGGAAGAGACAGGGAGUGCGACAGGAACACCCCGUCCAUGA